AUGAUUGGCUUCACUGGAACUUUGAUUUUAUUCUCUGUAUUUUUUGUCAAUGGACAAAAUAAUGUAAGCCAAAUAUGGGUAAAAUACGCGAAAACUAUUUUUUCGGUUUUGUAGUGUGCAGAUGCAUUUUUGAAAUUUUUGCACAGUGCAGGGAAAAAAUCAUGUCAUUUUUUUGCACUGUGCAAAACGAGCGACAAUUUUUCGCACAGUGCAACGUAAAUUAUGACAAAUUUUCCACUGCACAGUGCAGAUUGUACUUUCGAAAUUUUCGCACAGUGCAAAAAAAAUUUCUGGGUUUCUUUGCCGCACAGUGCAAAACGAGCGACAUUUUUUCGCACAGUGCAGCCGAAAUUUGUUCAUGUUUGACAGCGCACCGUGCAGAUUGAAGUUCAGGGAUUUCCGCACCGUGCAAAAUUAGCGAUAACUCUUUGCACAGUGCAGUCCGGUGUUUUCAGACAUUUUUUCCACUGCACUGUGCGGAUCUUACUUUUCGGAUUUUUGCACUGUGCGAAAAGGAAAUUUUGGCUUGUCGCUUGCACGGUCCAGAAAUUAGCUGCACCAAAAACAAAACAAAUUUUUUAGAGCUCCUCUUGUGGUGAGCCCGACUGCUCCACGUACGUUUGUUUGGAGGACAUUGCGCACUGUGGAAGCAAUGGAUAUCUGAUCGGAUAUGGAUAUAAAAAUUGUUUAAGCUUCAACGGUCGGUUUUUUACCAAUUUUUUUUGAUUUUUUAUCAAUUUUUUCCAGAUCAUUACGACGAUUUCAACCAAAAGGGGAAAAAUUUCACGGAUUGCGCGACUUACUGUCUACCCAAUUGGCUCGAAGAGUAUUUUGAAGUAGGUUUCCAUAAAAACAAGCUUUCUAGUUAUUGGAAAAGGCUUGGCCGCAGGGGUGACAUUUUAUACGAUGAAACAUGUUUUGUCGUAUAAAAUGUCUCCACAAGUUUUUUGUUCAAGAAAAAGGUCCUUUAUGAGUAAAAAUUCAUAUUCCUGCUGUUUUUUCAUAUACUUAUGAAACAGCGACAUUUUAUACGAUCAGAUAUGUUUAAUCGUAUAAAAUGUCUUUACAAACUUUUUUGGGCAAAACAAGAUUUUCAAGGAGGAUAAAUUCUUACUUCUGUUGAUUUUUUCGCAUAUUUUGAAAAUGGCGACAUUUUAUACGACCAAACAGGUUUCAUCGUAUAAAAUGUCCAACUCCUAAAAAUUUUCGUUUUUUUAACUUGAGUCUUUUUUAAUGUAAUUGGUGUUUAUAUUCAACAAAAAAAACUUUUUUUACAGGCCCACAAUAACUCUGUAAAUUGCCGACAACUGCAACAAGAUGCCCUGCAAAGCCAUGUAAAAUGCUUCCUGGACUGUGGGUUCUGCGGAAUGUGGUUCAGCAAUCUCAUAACACUUGCGAAAGUCCUCGAUUUCAAAGAUUUUUUGAGUGUUGAUGCGGUGAAAACCGUCUUCGAAGUGUUUUAUGGAUGUCUGACGGGCCAAGGAAAAUAA